AUGCUUUCAGAACAGGGUCACCAUCGUAAACCAGCGACCAGAAUGAGGAAAGGUGGUACGAAGCGUAAGCGCGAUGAUGACGACGGUGAUGUUUCUAUGCAAGGUGAUGAUGACGAUAGUAGAAGUGGUGUUGCCGUGAAGGUUGAACCUCCUAAAGGCCGUGAGAAAGACCCUGAGUUUUCGGCUCCUAAAGGACAGAAACUCGUUGAUCUCGAUGACGAAUCUCAUCACAGUGCCGGAAAAGAAAGCGAAGGGAACGUCAUCGAACAAACACACUAUAUUGUCGUACCUUCAUACGCAGCGUGGUUUGAUUACAACGCUGUUCACCAAAUCGAGAAACGAGCGGUGCCAGAGUUUUUCAAUGGUCGCAACAAAAGCAAAACUCCGGAAGUGUAUCUCUCAUAUCGUAACUUUAUGGUCGAUACGUAUCGGCUGAAUCCUUUUGAAUACCUCUCAGCGACAGCUUGUCGAAGAAAUCUUGCCGGAGACGUGUGUUCUAUUGUGAGAGUGCACUCGUUUUUGGAGCAGUGGGGCUUGAUAAACUACCAAGUUGAUUCCGAUGCUCGUCCAGCUCCGAUCGCUCCUCCGGCUACAAGCCAUUUCAUGGUGCUGGCUGAUACCCCAACAGGCGUUCAGCCCAUUUGUCCUGUUGUGUCAAACGUUGUGACCGAGAAGAAGGAAGCUGAUGAUAGCGAGAAAACACCGAUUGAAAAGUUGUCCAGUGUGGGGCUCAAGACGGAUCAGUACCAGAAACAGCUAGCAGCAAUGAAGACGAAAGGAGCUGCACCAGGACGAGAUUGGACGGAUCAAGAGACACUUCUGCUGUUGGAAGGGCUGGAAAUGUUCAAGGAUGACUGGAAUAAGGUUUCCGACCAUGUAGGGUCGCGUACCCAAGACGAAUGUAUUCUGCGUUUCCUACAGCUGCCUAUACAAGAUCCUUAUUUGGGUUCUGAUGAUGCACAUGGUCCCGGAAGCGGAGAUUCAAUUUUGGGACCUCUGGCUUACCAGCCGUUGCCAUUCUCACAGUCUGGAAAUCCAGUGAUGUCCACAGUUGCAUUCCUUGCCUCAGUGGUGGACCCGAAAGUUGCCCAGGCAGCCACAAAAGCUGCAAUAGAGGAGUUUUCGAAAAUCAAGGACGAGGUGCCAGCUCUGGUGUUGGAAGCGCACGCGAAAAAUGUACAGGCCCAUGAAGAGAAAACUGGUGUACUUGAUGGAACUGUCGGUCUCGCCAAAUCAGGAAUCGCCACGGAUGAGAAGAAAGAAAAGGAAGGCGACGAAAAAAUGGAGACUGAUGAGGCCAGCAAACACGCUGAGGAAGCGACCGCGGAGCGAAAUGCUAAAGCUGCUGUGAGUGAAAGUGUCCAAGCUGCCGCUGGAGCUGCUCUUGCUGCUGCAGCCGUUAAAGCCAAGCAUCUCGCUACAAUUGAAGAGAGGCGCAUCAAGUCGCUUGUUGCUCAACUUGUAGAAACGCAAAUGAAGAAGUUGGAAAUGAAGUUGCGUCACUUUGAUGAAUUGGAGCAGAUCAUGGAUAAAGAGCGGGAAGCCCUUGAAUACCAGCGGCAGCAGCUCAUUCUCGAACGGCAAGCAUUCCAUAUGGAUCAAUUGAGAUAUCUUGAACAGCGUGCUAAGCAUGAGGCACACAGUAAAAUGGUCGCUGCUGGCCAGCUGCCACCUUCUUUGCCGCCUGGAUUUGAAGUGAGUGGACCACCACAACCCACCCCACAAGUGCAGGUUGCAAUCCCGCCUGCACAAGAACAAGCUCCAGCUCCUGAGAAAACGGAACCUCCACCUGAAACCACUGCAGCAGCGGCAGUAGCUGCCCGGGCGCCAACGCCUGGCCAACCUCCAGUUGUUCAGCAGCCACCUGCACAGGCUCCAGCUCCUCCACCAGCUCAACCACCACCCACUCAAGCAUAUCCUCCUGCUCCUCCUGCAACACAACAACCCAGCUAUCCACCACCUCAAGUAUAUCCUCCACAAGGUUAUCCUCAGCAGCCUCAGGCACAAAGUGCCUAUCAAGGAUAUCCUCCACAACAAGGUCACCCUGGAUAUCCACCACAACAAAGUGCUGCACCUGGUUAUUACGGUCAGCCGCGUCCAGGUGCGUAUCCACCACAACCACAACCAGGUGGGUAUCCUCCUCAACAGCGUCCACCAUAUCAAGGACAACCUCCUACUGGUUAUGCUGCUCAGCCGCCACCACAACGACCAGGUGGCUAUCCUGGCUAUCCUCCACAGGGACAUCCUGGCUAUCCUCCCCAGCAGUACGCGCCGCCUCCCGCUGGAUAUCCGCCACAAGCGGCUCAGCCUCCACCGUUGGACAUGAGUGAUGCUGCAACUCCACCUAUGCAUCAAGGCAAGUUCUUGGUCAACCAGGAGAAGUGA